CCGUCCUUCCUUCCCUCACCCGGCCGGGACCCGCUGUGCGUCCGUCCUUCCUUCCCUCACCCGGCCGAGACCCGCGGUGCGUCCGUCCUUCUUCCCUCACCCGGCCGGGACCCGCGGUGCGUCCGUCCUUCUUCCCUCACCCGGCCGGGACCCGCGGUGCGUCCGUCCUUCUUCCCUCACCCGGCCGGGACCCGCGGUGCGUCCGUCCUUCCUUCCCUCACCCGCCUGGGACCCGCUGUGCGUCUGUCCCUCCUUCCCUCACCCGCCCGGGACCCGCGAGUUAAAAAGCGUCAUCGUCUCGAGCUGUUUCCGUAGUGGGGGAAAAGGGGGAUAACCCAGAACUUCCGUGUGCUGCCUGCCGAGCACAGAGGGAUUUGGAUAGCAUGAGGCGGUGUAAGAUCUCUGAAAUGCCCACUGGAAUGCUUCAGGGUGAAGCAUUUGUCUGAUUCCAUCGUGGUUCCUUGCAGAAGAGGAGGUUUGGUACCCCACGGUCCUGCUCCACCACGGACACCAUCUCUGACAGCCAGCACCACUAUUGGUAGCAUCCCUACUAGAAGUAUCACUAAUAACACUACUACCCAGUGGAGAGAUUACACUUCUUCCUGUGGAAUGAAAUGGCCUUUGAGGAGAGAGACAGGUUUAUUGUAAUUAUCAUCGAAUCAAAAGGAGUUUAUUAGUGCUCUUAAUCUUAGUUGGCACAGGGUUGAACAAUUUUAAUUGGCACAAUUUUAGGAUCAUCUUUAAAGGCCUCUUUCAAUCCAAACCAUCCAAUGAUUUUACGAUUUCUGGUUUUUUAUUAAACAUAGGUUUAACACCUGACUAGCACAUCCCAUUGAAUUUCAGCUACACAGAAAAUGCUUCUUGUUUUUGAUCUUGAAGGAUUAUUUUUACCCUGGGUUCUUUCUCACAGUGGUUCCGGAUUGAAGUGACGGGCAUCUGCUGCUUGGAUGAUCAUGGGCAGCCCAGGAAAACACAGCUGGCAUGCACCAGUGGCUCCACUGGGUGGCCAGGAGGGCACUGAGAUGUGGAUCCCAGGCUGAGCACUUCCCUUGGGGAUGGAAAGCCCCCAGACUGUAGUUUUUCCACAACAUUUGUCAGCAGCCUCCAUCUCUGUUCUGCUUUAGAAAUCAGCCUGGAAGCCCAAAUCCAGCCAGGGGUCCAGGUUUGCCCUGACUGCUGUCAAUAUCAAUGAGUGAAAGAGUGCAAGAUGUGUCCCAGCAAAACCCCACUAGGGAGCCAGUGAAGGGAGAGCACAGCCCCCAGCUGGGCUGCCUGCUUCCCCAGCCGUGCUGCUGCUGGCACAGGAUGUCUUCAGAGGCAGCACCAGGGGCUGACGCCGGCAGGCGAGGCCUGAAGAAGCCACGUCCGUUCAGCAUCGAGGACAUCCUCUCCAGCCCCGCGGAGAAGAGCCCCCAGGUCUUGGUGCCGCUGUGCCUACGGAGCAUCUUGGACUGCACACCCAAGCGGCUGUGUGAGCUGGAGACCAUCCCAGCCAGCUCCCUGCAGGAGGAGGAAGAGGAGGAGGAAGAGGAGGAAGAGCUGGAAGGGGCAGGCUGCAGUUGCUGCUGCUGUUCUCACACGAGUGCCCAUUCCCUGCAGGACCUGCCGGCUUGGCUGGAUGCCCGCUUCCCCUGGCCCCUGCAGCUCUUCCACCCGGCAGUCAGGGUCUGUAGGAGUUCCCAGGAGAAGCCAAGUGAGGUGCAGACCUUCCAGCAGAUCCAGCGCCGCACGCGCCGGCACCGCACCAUAUUCACCGAGGAGCAGCUGCAGGCGCUGGAGACGCUUUUCCACCAGAACCAGUACCCGGACGUGGUCACCCGCGAGCACCUGGCAAACCGCAUUCACCUGAAGGAGGAGCGGGUGGAGGUUUGGUUUAAAAAUCGUCGGGCGAAGUGGCGGCAUCAGAAGAGGGCAACUGCCUCAGCACUGACGCUCCAGCCCAAGCAGCCCCCCAAGGAGAGCUGUUAGCGCUCACAGGCUGCAGAGAACACCAAGGGCACCCACUGCCGUAGCUGACAGGCUCAGGGGGGUAACCGAGGGGGCUAAUGCAGCAAAAGGGAACCUCUGUGGUUCACACAGGAGGAGGACGGGUAAAAGCACACACUUUUUGGCACUUUCACAUGCCUCUUCCAAACCUAGUUCACGUGGCAAAUAACUCAGCAGGCAGGAUGUGCAGGGGACAGAGCUGUACCAGUGUUAAAUGUGUGUGCUUUAAGAGAAGGAGAAACUCCCCUUCGUGUCUUUACUCUGUGCACGUAGUAUUUGUGCUUGUUUUAUUGAUGUAGAUUUGCAAAAUAUCCUGCAAAUGAAUGUGUCCUGUUUGCAGCA